AUGCCGGGCGCCACACAUUUUCCGGUGCUGCUGCUGCACGGAGCCAAGUUUUCCAGUGCCACAUGGGUUGAAUUGAAAACCAUGGACGAGCUUGCUCGGGCUGGCUUUGAUGUGUAUGCCGUGGAUCUGCCCGGUCACGGGCGCUCAGCUGGUACGGCGCCACUGGCUCCCAUGCGAGGCUCCCUCCUGCACACAAUCAUUGAGGCUUUGGAGCUCGAUCAUCCCGUGCUGGUUGCACCAUCCAUGUCUGGGACGUAUGCCAUACCACUCGUCCUAUCCCACCCGGACGUCUUGAGUGGCUUUGUUCCCAUUGCACCGGCUGGGUUGGAUAUGGUGGAUGCCCAGGGAUUGGCCCACGUUUCCAUUCCGACGCUGGUGAUGUACGGUUCCGAGGAUGCCAUGGGUCUGAAAGGGCUUCCCGUGCUGGAAACCACUCCCAAUCAUCAUACCAUUGUCUUUGAGGGUGGAUCUCACGCGUGCUACGUCGAGAGCCCAGAGAAGUUCAAUCGCCUCUUGGUGCAGUUUGUGCGGGACAUGACUUUACUGGCUUAG